AUGGAGGUGCUGGAUGGCCCCCAAACAAGAACAGCUAACAAGAUGGCCAGACUUGUCAGGCCGGCCCCCUUCCCUCUUGCUUUCGCUCCGCUGCCCUCCGGCCGAGAGGGAGCCCCAGCGCGGCAGAAGCGGCGGCUGGAGGCGUUGACCCGAGAGCUGGAGCGGGCGCUGGAAGCGCGCACGGCGCGGGACUACUUCGGCAUUUGCAUCAAAUGUGGGCUUGGUAUCUACGGCGCAAGACAAGCAUGCCAGGCAAUGGGGAGCCUGUAUCACACCGAUUGCUUCAUCUGUGACUCCUGUGGGAGACGGCUUCGUGGGAAGGCGUUCUACAAUGUGGGCGAGAAAGUGUACUGCCAGGAGGACUUCCUGUACUCCGGGUUCCAGCAAACGGCUGACAAGUGUAGCGUGUGUGGACACCUCAUCAUGGAGAUGAUCCUCCAGGCCCUUGGGAAGUCCUAUCACCCAGGCUGCUUCCGGUGCUCUGUGUGCAAUGAGUGCCUGGACGGGGUGCCCUUCACUGUGGACGUGGAGAACAACAUCUACUGUGUCAGGGACUAUCAUACGGCUUUUGCACCAAAAUGCGCCUCCUGUGCUCGUCCUAUUCUCCCUGCACAGGGUUGUGAGACAACUAUCCGUGUGGUGUCCAUGGAUAGAGACUACCACGUGGAAUGUUAUCACUGUGAGGACUGCGGGCUUCAGCUGAGCGAGGAUGGACGCCGCUGCUACCCGCUGGAGGGCCACCUGCUGUGCCGCCGCUGCCACCUCAGGCGCCUCCGGCUUGGGCCACUGCCCUCACCUGCUGUGCAUGUCACGGAGCUCUGAGCUGGAGCAGGAGCCCCGACCCCUGGGGCCGUG